UUAUAAUAAUGUCAACUGAACAAGACAUCAUAGAUGCAGCUUAUACCAAGAAAGCUAACCAAGUCAAGCAGACUAUUAAGCGGGCCUUAGCAGAGCAGGCUUCUAAGAAUGAAAAUAAAUGAAUGAUUUUCAAAGAUGACUUUUUCAAGAUCUUUCAAGACAAUCAUGUAAAAAUUGACCCCAAAGCUAAAGAAUACAUCGACCAUAAGUUCAUCGCCAAAGGGUCUAAUGAGGUACCCUUCAAAGAGGUAAUCGCGAGACUGACAGUCGAUCUCAGCAAGGACAGGCCUCUUGAGAGCCCGUGGAUCAUCAGGAGUAAAAAGGUUACCAGAAGGACAGGAGAUGGAAACGAUAUGCUCUCCAUUGCAUCAAGUUAUCUUAAAACUUCUGUCCUUUCUGCCAAAUCCAAAAGAAUGAACAUUGAUAAUAUCAUUGAAGAACAUUCCCAAGUCAUGGAUAGAGUCAAAGGAAUAGACGACAAGCUCAGAGAAAUUGGAGGAGACGAUAUCUCUGCUACCAAAGAAGAGAUGAUCGAUCGUAUCAUCAACAACCCUCAUCCCAAAAUCCCUCUCGAUCCCAUUGAAGAGGACACCGAAAUCAAGCCAGUGGAGAAAGCUAAGCUCAAGCCUACCAACCCUACUAAACCAGAAGACAUUGAAUUUUAUACCAAAGGAAACUCCAAUGAGAUUCCUCUUCUUCAAAAAUUACUCAAUGAUACUGAAACUUUGAAUGAAAUUAUAAGGCUGAGCCAAAUGAUGAUCGACGCUAAAAUCGACUUCAGAAUCCUCGAGUUCGUCAAGCGAGGAGUCAACAAGGAACAUGACCCCUCCACAGAGGAAAUUUCAGUAGCAGCUUUCCAUAAGUACUGGAAGAACUUAAUCAAGCCAGAGGUGGGCAACCUCGAUCCAACCAUUGAGGACAAAGUCCUUCACUUCGUGACAUCAAAAGGUGGCAACAGUGUAGAAAAAUCAAAGCUGUUCACACUCAUUGAUUUCUAUCAAUAUUACCCCGUCUACGUCCAGAAAGAUAGGAAUAAGUCAAAUGAGGUUUAUUACGUUCUUAGCUCAAAUACCCAAGGAAGUUAUGGAAAUGCAGGCGGGGCAAACCUCAACUCAGAAUUAGUCAAUCUUCUCGGCUACAUCAACGACAAACUUCGGGAAACAAACCCUCAAAUCUCAAAAGCAUUCAGGUUCUUCGAUGUAACACACAAAUCUGAGAUCAACAAAGAAGACUUCAUCAAGGGGCUUGAACGGCUUAAAAUAGUCAUGGAGCCCAGAGAAAUUGACCUGGUGUUCAACUAUCUGGACACUAAAUAAAACUGGAAGAGUAAAGUACAACCAAUUUUGUCUCAUCCUCGAGGAGAAGUACAAAAAGCUUGAUCCCUACGGAGAGCUGAAGAACAAGGUUAUCUCAGAACUUAAUAAUUCUGGAAAAACUUCCCCUCAAACUGAGAAGACUUUCCAUAAGAAGGAGAAGCUGGAGGACUACAAGGAUCCUAGCCCUUACCACCUCCUGCCAUUCACCAAGACUCAGAAGAAGAUGAAUUGUGCCACUGGGGACAAGAAUUAUUACGGAGUCGAGAACAUCAAAGGCAUCGUCAAUCAUGAAUUUGAGAAGGAGUUCAUUGAAGCCAAAGCCAAGAAGGAGGAAGACCAAAUCAUCUCCCUGAUCAUGAAGGAACAAAAUCUCCGAGGAAUGGAGACCAAAGCAUCAAUCAUGCGGAACAAGGCGAUUAAGGAUAAGAUCCUGAUGCAUGAAUCCAAAGAAAAGUCACCUUUCAGAUUAAAGCAGUUUGAUGAAGUCCUGCCGUCUAAUUACAUCUCUCAGACUACCAAAGGAGUCAAGAAAAGGUACAAUUUGAGCUCGAAAAGAAGCCACAUUGAGACAGAAUCUGUCCUAAAAGUUGCCAGUCUCACAGCCCAAAGUAAUAAGGAUGGCACCUCAGUCAAGAAAUCAGAGGAUCAGAAAAUAUACCUCGGUGAGAAGGAGCUAGAGUCCCUGUCCAAGACAGGUGCAGAGAUACACAGAUUCGAUAUGAGGAAGGAUAAGAUGAUGGAAGCUAAAUAAAAAGUAUCCAAACUUAGGAGCCACAGCUAUCGCUUCUAGGUUUAGAAUGGGUAAUAACCCUUAUAAGUCUGUUAAUCAGAGCAUGGACUUACGUGCAAAGACUAGGAGAAACUUAACUUCACUCAACAAAUCGAAGAAUAAUAACCAACUAAAUAAUAGCAAUGUCUUGCCUAAUAUUAAGCAUAAAGUGGCAAAUCGCUUCCUCAGCCAAGCCAGGAAGGAGAAUGAUGAAUAUAGCAAACUCUUGGCAAAUCAUAGUAACAACAGACUUGUGCAAGCUCAAAGAACAGUAGAUCAAGCUCUCAAGAAAUACAGAAUGGAGAAUCCAAAUAAAAACCAGAGAGAGAGAAUGGUGAGCAGCUACUUCAGCAACAAAAGAAGUAUGAAUAAGUAA